AUGGUCAAGAAGGCCAUUGACGCCCGCAUCCCUGCCCUGAUCCGCAACGGAGCCCAGGAGCGCAAGCGCAGCUUUUUCGUCGUUGUCGGAGACCACCAGAAGGAUGUCAUCGUCAACCUGUAUCACAUCCUGCUUAACGUCGACGUUAAGCUGAACAAGAGCGUGCUGUGGGCAUACAAGAACAAGCUGCUGGGCUUCUCCAGCCACCGCAAGAAGCGCGAAAAGAAGAUCAAGAAGGAGAUCAAGCGCGGAAUCCGCGACGUCGACGAGAACGACCCCUUCGAGCUGUUCAUCUCCACCCAGAAUAUCCGCUAUGUCUACUACAAGGAGACGGAAAAGAUUCUCGGAAACACCUACGGCAUGUGCAUUCUGCAGGACUUUGAGGCCAUCACCCCCAACCUGCUCGCCCGCACUAUCGAGACUGUCGAGGGUGGCGGUCUGGUCAUCCUGCUACUCAAGGGCAUGUCCAGUCUGAAGCAGCUCUACACCAUGUCCAUGGACGUACAUUCACGCUACCGCACCGAGGCUCACGGCGAUGUCGUCGCCCGCUUCAACGAGCGCUUCAUCCUCUCCCUCGGAAGCUGCGAAUCCUGUCUGGUUGUCGACGACGAGCUGAACGUCCUCCCCAUCUCCGGUGGUAAGAACGUGCGCCAGCUGCCCCCGCCCGAUCCAGAGCUCGAAGGAAAGACGCCCCAGGCAAAGGAGUUGGAGGAGAUCAAGGAGUCCCUUGCCGACUCCCAGCCCGUUGGUUCUUUGGUGUCUCUUGCUCGUACCGUGGACCAGGCCAAGGGCCUUUUGACCUUCAUCGAUGCCAUCGCCGAGAAGACGCUCCAAAGUACCGUCACCCUGACCGCUGCCAGAGGUCGUGGUAAGUCCGCUGCUCUCGGUGUCGCCGUCGCCGCUGCCGUCGCCCACGGAUACAGCAAUAUUUUCAUCACCGCCCCGAGCCCCGAGAACUUGAAAACUUUCUUCGAGUUUGUCUUCAAGGGAUUCGAUGCGCUCGAGUACAUGGACCACGUCGACUAUUCGAUCAUCCAGUCCACGAAUCCCGACUUCAACAAGGCCAUCGUCCGCGUCAACGUGCACCGCCAGCACAGGCAGACUAUCCAGUAUAUUCAGCCGCAGGAUGCUCAUGUCUUGGGCCAGGCCGAGCUGUUGGUGAUUGAUGAGGCUGCUGCUAUUCCCCUGCCUCUCGUCCAGAAGCUGAUGGGACCCUACCUGGUCUUCAUGGCAUCCACAAUCAAUGGUUACGAGGGUACGGGAAGAUCGCUUUCUCUUAAGCUCAUUCAGAAACUGAGAGAGCAAUCCCGGGGCGGCUCCAAGAAGGGCUCUGACCAGGUCAUUGCCGACCGCUCGACCGGUAAGGAGGCAAAGAGCGGAUCAGAAGUGGCCUCAGGCGGUCGCACACUCCGUGAGAUCACUCUGGCUGAAUCUAUCAGAUACGCACCUGGUGAUGCUGUGGAGAAGUGGAUGAACAAGCUGCUUUGCCUUGAUGCGACCCUUCCACGUUCCAGGAUGAACACCCAAGGAUGCCCCGAUCCAUCCCAAUGCCAGCUUUUGCACGUUAACCGAGAUACCCUGUUUUCUUUCCACCCUGUUUCUGAGAAGUUCCUGCAGCAAAUGAUGGCCCUAUACGUGGCAAGCCACUACAAGAACUCUCCUAAUGAUCUCCAACUCAUGUCUGAUGCCCCGGCGCACCAGCUGUUCGUUUUGGUUCCUCCAGUCGACGAGGGCAGCAACAAGCUUCCGGAGCCUCUUUGCGUUAUCCAAGUUGCCAUGGAGGGUCAAAUCAGCCGAGAGAGCGUGCUCAACAGCUUGAGCAGGGGUCAGAGGGCCGGUGGUGACCUUAUUCCUUGGCUCGUCAGUCAGCAAUUCCAGGAUGAGGAGUUUGCCGGUCUUUCGGGUGCUCGUGUUGUCCGCAUUGCUACGAACCCCGACUACAUCGGCAUGGGCUACGGUCGUAAAGCUAUUGAACUCCUCACCGAUUUCUACGAAGGCAAGUUCACCAGCUUGUCCGAGGUUGACCCCACCGAGGAGGAGACGAUGGUUCGUGUGACGGAUGAAGAGCUGGAGAGCUCCAGUCUUUUGCAGGACAACGUGAAGGUUCGCGACAUCACUGCAAUGCCGCCCCUUUUCGCUCGUCUCUCGGAGAGGAAGCCCCCGGCACUUGAUUGGAUGGGUGUGAGCUACGGUCUUACUAAGGAGCUCCAAAGAUUUUGGAAGCGCUCCUCAUUUGUACCUGUCUACCUCCGCCAGACUGCUAAUGACCUUACCGGCGAACACACCUGCGUCAUGCUGCGCACUCUUGAGACGCAAACAAAUGCGGACCCUAGCUGGCUCGGUGCUUUCUCGCGAGACUUCCAGCGUCGGUUCCUUUCUCUGCUUUCCUACCAGUUCCGUACCUUUGAGUCCCCGGUCGCCCUCAGCAUCAACGAGGCCGCUGCCUCCGGCAUCAAGUACGACACGUCGGCCUCGACCAAACCACUCACCAAAGCGGAGCUGGACGACGUCUUUUCUCCCUUCGACCUCAAGCGCCUGGACAGCUACGCGAACAACAUGCUCGACUACCACGUCAUCCUCGACAUGCUCCCCACCAUCGCGCACCUCUACUUCCUCGGCCGCCUCAGGUCUUCCACAGGUGAGCUUAAGCUCUCGGGCCUACAGACGGCGCUGCUGCUCGCCAUUGGUCUCCAGCGCCGGAUGCUCGAGGACGUCGGCAAGGAGCUCGACCUCAACAGCUCGCAGAUUCUGGCCAUGUUCAUCAAGACUAUGCGUAAGAUCUCGGCACACUUCCGCGGGCUGGUCGAGGGUGCCGUUGCAGAAGAUCUGCCUGAUGCGCCGGAGGAUGAUGAUCAGGAGGGAGUUGAUGGUGAGAAGACUACGAAGAGGUUCCAGCCACUCGCACAGAGCUUGAACGAUGAGCUUGAGGAGGAGGCAGAUGAGGUAAGGCGGGCCGAGAAGGAAAGGAUGAGGAGCAUGAUUGAUGCUUUGCCUUUGGACAAAUAUGCUAUCGCCUCAGGUGAUGCGCACGACUGGGCCGAGGCUGAGAAGCAAGUCUCGAAGGCAUCUCACGAUGGCCGGAAGAGCACGACGGUCAGUGUGAAGUCCAAGAGUGGAGGUUCGAAGCGGAAGGCGGGCGAGGCGGUUGAAGAGGUGUUGAAGGAAGCGGAAGCGUUGAAAGAGAAGAAGGGCAAGAAGGGGAAGCAUCGGUGA